GCCCCUGGGGCCCGCUCAGCGCGCCCCGCCUGAAGGUUGAGCGGCUCCUGAGGCUCCGGUUGCGUGGCACCGCGACGCUCGGCUUCUCCGCCGUCCGGUCCUAGCAGCUCGGGUGCCCACCGCCGGCAUGGAGGCUCGCCGCGUGCGGGGGCUUGGAUUUCCUCAUCCAGAAAAUGGUUCCUAAAAGGACAGAAAGACAGACACUUCUUAAAGUGAUUGGACGGCCUCUUGGCAUAGGAAGCAAAAUGAUCUCAGAGUAAAGAAGAAUGUAAAGAAAUUCAGAUAUAUGAAGUUGAUUUCCAUGGAAACGUCAUCAUCCUCUGAUGACAGUUGUGACAGCUUUGCUUCUGAUAAUUUUGCAAACACGAAACCUAAAUUCAGGUCAGAUAUCAGUGAAGAACUGGCAAAUGUUUUUUAUGAGGACUCUGAUAACGAAUCUUUCUGCGGCUUUUCAGAAAGUGAGGUGCAAGAUGUGUUAGACCAUUGUGGAUUUUUACAGAAACCAAGGCCAGAUGUCACUAACGAACUGGCCAGUAUUUUUCAUGCCGACUCUGACGAUGAAUCAUUUUGCGGUUUCUCAGAGAGUGAGAUACAAGAUGGAAUGAUGGCUCAGAACAGUGUGUCCCAGAUAGGCUGCAUGGAGUCACAGUAUACUCAGAGACCACAGUCAGCCCGAGAGGGCUGCAGGACCCGCAGCCAGGCCAGACCCUCUGGCCCUCUCAGGGUGGCCAUGAAAUUUCCGGUGCGGAACACCAAGGGGUCAGCCAACAAAAAGAAAGUGACCCCCCAGCCCUCAGAGAAUUCUGCCAGCAAUUCCAAUUCCGAUUCAGAAGAUGAAAGCGGCAUGAACUUUCUGGAAAAAAGAGCCUUAAAUAUAAAGCAAAACAAAGCCAUGCUUGCAAAACUCAUGUCAGAAUUAGAAAGUUUUCCUGGCUCAUUCUCCGGAAGACCUUCUCUCCCAGGCCCCAGAUCACAGUCAAAGACUCCCCGAAGGCGGACAUUCCCAGGUGUGGCUUCCCGGAGGAACCCUGAGCGGAGAGCCCGGCCACUCACCAGGUCUAGGUCUCGAAUCCUGGGGUCCCUCAGCGCUCUUCCCACUGAAGAGGAGGAGGAAGAGGAAGAUGACAAGUACAUGCUCGUGAGAAAAAGGAAGGCCUUGGAUGCAUUGGAUGAUGACAUACCCAGAGGUCGUCGCCCGGGAGCCAUGACCCUUCCCCAUAUAAUUCGUCCGGUGGAAGAGAUCACGGAGGAUGAGUUGGAGAACAUCUGCAGCAACUCUCGAGAAAAGAUCUAUAACCGCUCCCUGGGAUCUACUUGCCAUCAGUGCCGUCAGAAGACUAUUGAUACCAAAACAAACUGCAGAAAUCCAGAAUGCUGGGGUAUCCGAGGCCAAUUCUGUGGACCCUGCCUUCGAAACCGUUAUGGUGAGGAGGUGAAGGAUGCGCUACUGAACCCGGACUGGCAUUGCCCGCCUUGUCGAGGGAUGUGUAACUGCAGUUUCUGUCGCCAACGAGAUGGACGGUGUGCGACUGGGGUCCUUGUGUAUUUAGCCAAGUACCAUGGCUUCGGGAAUGUGCAUGCCUACCUGAAGAGUCUGAAACAGGAGUUUGAGAUGCAAGCCCAUAAUACCUAGAGAUUGGCUGCCUGCUUUCUACUUCUCACAUCUUCCUAGUUGAAGUUUUCAGUUCUGUUGUUGAUCGAACCUGAGUUAAGAAUCAUGAUGACCAGUCUGUUUUAUAGGACUCUCAGGUCAGGUUAAUCCCAUUAGACUCACAAGUGCUUCAAGAACAUCAUGGAAGUGGUUUGCUAGUGGCACCUGUCCCUCUUGCCACUUCUCCACAUCCCCGGUCCCCACCUCGGUCUUCCCCUCUAUUUCCAUGGUCUUCUCCCACCACUGAAGUUUCCGAUUCUUUUUAUUUGUGUGUGUGUGUGUGUGUGUGUGUGUGUGUGUGUUUGUGUUUGUGUGUGUGUGUGUGGUGCUAGGGGUGGAAUCCAGGGCCUUGUGCAUGCUAGGUAAGUGCUAUUCCACGGACCUAUGUCCCCAGCCCUCAAAUUCUUUUUAAAUUGUGAGUGUAUAUUUGAUUGUAUUCCUGUUGAAAUAGCCCUGGAACCUUCCCAUAAACCCAAGCACUUAGAAGCAUAGAAGUGUUAACUCAUUGUUCUGUUGAAUUCCAGAGAAGAACCUUCUAACCUGUUUACACAGAAACAAUGGGUAUAAUUUAGUGUUCACUCUUAAAACCAUGUGGCAAAGUUAGGUAAUUGUUGCAAAGUGGAGUGUAUUGCUUGGUUGCUGAGGUUAAGUGGCUCACCCAGUCAUCCAGAGGUUUGUGGGCAGCAUUAUAUUGUGCUGCUUAAAAUUACUGUAGAAAAGACAUUCUGGGGAAUUCGGAUGGUGAAAAGUUCCAGGAAUAGGCUGAUAUGAAUCCUUGGCAUGAAAGUGUAGAAUCUUGGUAUUAAGAACUAGUCUAGUUUGUGCAAUUCUUGAAGAAAUUAUCCCUGCUGGUUGCUAUGUACAGGGUUGAGGUUUUCAGCACUUUUAUAACAAGAAGUGUCUUUUGGAGAUGGAACCUUUCAACAGUUUGUCAACAUGACAUCUCUCUCAGAUUUGUUCCUGGGCCCAUUUUGUACAUCCUCCCUCCCCUUUUGUAUUAAGUCGUUCCACAGGGUCUGGUUUACCUGCAUGUGUAGCUGUUGCGAUCGCUGUGGAGUGAUAGCUAAUGAGACCUUCAGACAAUAAGUGUAAAUAUAACUUUUGAUCUGUAAUGGUUUUACACAAAAGUUUUUAUUUUAAUAAUAAAACAUUUUUGUUCUAA